GAAGUUUAAAGUGAACUAAAGAGCCAAAGUCCUCUUUGUAAAAGAACUACAUGUGAGUAAAAGCGUCUUCACCAGGAGGGAAAAAACGUGAACCAGCGGCGCAAUAUCGUUAAUCAGGCCUGAGACGUAACCUGGCAAAGGUUUCAACCACUGCCAACAUAAUAUUGGAAAGCUUUUCCGGUGCGGUAGUACGUCACGCCACUCUCUAUUAGUUGCUAUUUUCGUCCAGCCCUGGAAGACAUUCAUCCACCAUCUACCCACCCUGACAGCUCCCAAUAAACCCACCACUCCCAUUCAUCUCCAUCCCUCCAGCCCAGCUCCACCCUCUUUCACCCUCCCUCGCUCCUUCUCCUCUCCGCGGAUCUUACCGGGCAGCUUCGUGAGUUUAAAAAAAAAAAAAAAAAACCCUGCUUCGUUGAAUUGGGGGUUUGUGCGCCAGGGAGGAAUACACAAAAAAGUGCCGUUAUUCUUACCAGGACAUCUUUGUUUUUGUUCUUUUUUCAAAAGAGUUUGAGUCAUCUGUUUAGACCAAUCUCUCCAGCAGAAAGUUUCCUCUAUGAGGUUCCAGUCCGUUCCCAGUAGCACUUGAUCCCGGUGGGAAGCUGAAGAGGAGGGAAAAAUGACGAUCCACGUCGAGGGUCUCGUGGCCAUCGUCCUCUUCUACGUCCUGAUCCUGUUCGUGGGGAUCUGGGCCGCGUGGAAGAACAAGAACUCCGGAGUCGGUGAAGGCGGAGACCGCAGCGAGAGAAUUAUGGUCGGGGGCAGAGACAUUGGGCUGUUCGUGGGAGGAUUCACGAUGACCGCCACCUGGGUAGGAGGGGGAUAUAUAAAUGGAACCGCAGAGUAUGUCUACCUGCCAGACUAUGGCCUGGCCUGGGCUCAGGCACCCUUUGGUUAUGCUCUCAGCUUGGUAUUAGGUGGGCUUUUCUUUGCCAAACCGAUGCGAUCGCGUGGCUACGUCACGAUGCUGGACCCUUUCCAGCAGCUCUAUGGAAAACGGAUGGGGGGACUGCUUUUCAUCCCUGCCCUCAUGGGAGAAAUCUUCUGGUCUGCUGCCAUCCUGUCUGCCCUGGGUGCCACUCUGAGUGUGAUUGUGGACAUAAACAUCAACAUGUCUGUGGUGAUCUCAGCGCUCAUAGCCAUCUUUUACACGCUCGUUGGAGGACUCUACUCCGUCGCAUACACAGAUGUGGUCCAGCUGUUCUGCAUCUUUUUGGGCUUGUGGAUCAGUGUGCCUUUUGCCCUUUCCAAUCCUGCUGUGACAGACAUCGGGGUUUCGGCCAAGGAAGCAAUCUAUCAGUCACCCUGGCUGGGCAAGAUCAAGCCUGAGGACAACUGGCUCUGGGCAGACAACUUCUUUCUGCUGAUGUUGGGAGGGAUUCCCUGGCAGGUCUACUUUCAGCGGGUUCUUUCUGCCUCUUCAGCGACCUAUGCUCAAGUUCUCUCUUUCCUCGCCGCCUUCGGCUGCUUAGUCAUGGCCGUCCCGUCCGUCCUCAUUGGAGCCAUCGGGGCUUCCACGAACUGGAAUCAAACGACUUAUGGUUACGUCGCUCCAAAGGACAAGGAGGAGUCUGACAUGAUCCUUCCCAUCGUGCUCCAGCACCUCUGCCCGCCCUACAUCUCCUUCUUCGGACUGGGCGCGGUGUCGGCAGCGGUGAUGUCAUCAGCGGACUCGUCCAUACUGUCAGCCAGCUCCAUGUUUGCCAGGAACAUUUAUCAGCAAGCCUUUCGGCAGAUGGCUUCGGAUACGGAGAUCGUUUGGGUGAUGCGCAUCACCAUCUUUGUAUUUGGCGCUCUCGCCACAGCUAUGGCGCUUUUAACUGGAUCUGUAUACGGCCUCUGGUACUUAAGCUCCGACCUCGUCUACGUCAUCAUCUUCCCCCAACUUCUCAGUGUGUUGUUCGUCAAAGGUACCAACACGUACGGCUCCGUGGCAGCGUACAUCUUUGGACUCUUGCUGCGCAUUGGUGGAGGGGAACCUUACCUAAGACUGCCUCCAUUCAUCUAUUACCCCGGGUGGGUGAUAGAGAAGAAGGUCCACCUCAUCAGCGGAGACGUAGAGUACUUCGUCCAGCAGCGGUUCCCCUUCAAGUCCGUGUCCAUGGUGGCGUCUUUCCUAGCAAACGUGGUCUUCUCCUACCUGACAAAGUACUUAUUCGAAAGUGGCAUGCUGUCUCACAAGUACGACUUCAUGGACGCGGUCGUGUCCAAGCAUAGCGCAGAGAUCAUGGACAAGGCCACGCUGGUAAGCAAUCACGAUAACAUUAUUCUUUCAGAGAUGGCUCCGGUCAGGCAAGCCCUCGGUGCCACGCUUGCUGGGACCUUCACCAACGCCGAGGCCCUGAGCGACGACGGCGAGUCGAGUCCGGAAUCCUAUCACAGCAAGAACUAGACGACAAAACGCACAAAGAAAACUUGAACCGAGGAAUGUGAAAGGGAAAGAGAGAAUCAGUUGGCGUCCUUCAGGAAACUUGUUACUGCCACACUGUGAGCCAGAUCAGCAGAAACGCUCUGCGGCUUCCAAGUGACUCCACAAGUUAUGUCGGUGAAUCGGUGCCUCCUCCUUUUGUUCAUAUCUCCUCUCUAGAAACUCAUCUCUGACUCUGUAUUGUACAAAGCUCGCAAUUGUUUUAGUUUUUCUGACCAUGGCUCUGUGAAUUUACAACUGUUUUAGUUUAACUGCUGCUACUGUGGUGGAGCGAUGAAGGGAAAUUGUUUUUCAAGGUUGCUGGUUUUGAGAAAUGUGCAUUAGAACUAAGAAGCAGCAUUAAUGUCUGGUUGUCUUAGCUCAGGUUACCUAUGUUGAUGCAUAUACAGUGCCUUGCAAAAUUAGUAAUUCCCCUUAAACUUUUGUUAAAUAUCAGUGCAUCUUAUUAGGAGUUUAUAUGAUAGACUCACAUAAAGUUGGAUCUUUAGCUGUUGCAGCUACAUGUCGUUCAGGGUCAUUUUUGGCAUUAUUCUUUGCAAAAUCAUUGGUUCUGCCCAGAUUAAAUGGAGCAUCUGUAAACAUUAGUUUUUCUUAUUUGUCCUGCAGAUUUACUUCUGGACUUUGCUUGUGCCAGUUGAACACAUAAAUAUACUUUGAUCUGCAUUCAGUGCUAUUAUGCCUUACUUUUAAUAAUCCAUUUUUUUCUUGCCACUUACCUUGACAGAAUUACGAUGGAGUAUGAGAGCCACACUAAGAAAAUAAAAAAAAAUUACGACAAUAAAAUUGUACAAGAAGAAAAGCAUAAUAUUAUGAGAAUAAUGUCUUACUGCAUUUUUCUUUAAUGCUAUGAUUUUAUUCUUAAAAUACUAUGACUUUAUCCUGGUGAUAUGAGUUUAUUUUCAUAUUACUAAAACUUUAUUCUCAUGUUAUGACAACUUUUCUCAUAUUAGUACAACUUUAUUCUUGUAAUUUUAUGUCUUUAUUCUCUUAAAAUUAUUUUUGUAUUUUUUUCUUAUUAUGGCUCUAAUACUCUGCCGCACAGAUUAGAUGGAUUUAUAAUGGAAUCAAAUUACACAAAAGUGGAUUACUUACUAAUUUGAUAACUUCUAAUGAUAUUGGGUUGCACUUGAUUUUAUUUAGGGGUGUCAGAAUAGAAAUGCGUACCAGGCAUUUCAAAUUUGUAUUUAUAAAAAAUAAAUUAAAAACCACAUAUCAUUUCCCUUCUUUUCAUAAUUAUGCACUAUGUUUUGGUCUAUCAUAUUCAAUCCUAAUGAAAUACCACAUGAUUUGUGGUUGGAUCACAUAAAAUGUCAAAGGUUCAAGGGCUAUGAACAGCUCUGCAAGGUACUGUAGGUAUGCCUGUGAACAAAGCAGCUUUAAAUGACUGAUCCAGGAUGGUUUUGUUGAGUAGUAUUAAGUUUGCAUAAAAACCUUAUCAAUAGAGCAAUAAUAUUUUAAGAAUCUUAGCUUUAUUUUCAGCCUUUUGCUGCUAAACCACUGAAUAAAUAGACAUAUGAGCUCAACAAUAGAAGUUAUUGUUUUUAAUCUGGUUUUUAGACUAUUCAACCAUCACAUAAUGGUUGAAUAUGUGAUGGUUGAAUCACAUAUUCAGACAUAUUUGCACCAGCAAAGUGCUAUUAUACCCAUUCAGCUUUCAAGUGUCACAGGAACUAAAUCAUUCAAGUAACUUCGUUGAAAAAACCUCUGUGGCGUCUGACGCUAGCUUUGGGGACGUGUGUGUUUGUUACAACACGCUUAGCAUUGAGAUGCUAUUUUCGGCUUGAACCGUUUUAGUAACUAGCCAACUUCUUUUUGCUUCACAACAAUAGUUUGUUUUUGUUUUAUUUUUACAUCGUCUACUAGAUUGUUUUAGAAGGAAAAAUUAAUAGCCAGUGGGCCAAGAAAUGCGAUUUUGUCGACCAUUGAUGUUAGCGGACAACGUUUGUGCGUCAGAUUCACGGGCGUACAAGAAACACAAUACAAAGGUUCCGGCUUGGGACUUGUUAAGAAAACAAAAUGCGUUUAUUUCCAUACAUUUUUUAACACAUUCAAAUCUAUUUUAUUUAUGAAUCAAAAUUAACACAUUAAAAUUCUGGUAUCAAUAAAUUAGUGUUCUUCAAAUGUGCAUUUGUUUUAGUGACCCUGUCAGUAUAUAGAAGAAUGACAUUUAUUUUUAUGUUUUGGAGCCUUUAUUUGGAUUAUGUACGUUGAUUUUCUCCUAACAGCUAAUGAAAACACAACACUGAAUAUGAGAAUAAAAUGAUCAGAUCAUACAAAAACAUGUUUAAUAAAGAAAUGUGGUGUUAAUGAAAGAAAUGUUUAUAUUCAAAUGGAAUUACUAAGUUCAUCGGAGCACAAAUGUUCAAAUUUAUUUUAUAUAUAAAUUUGAAUAUGUGCUCUUAUGAAGCACACUGUGGAUAAUUAAUUAUUCAGCAACAUCCCACUGAUUUCUUAUAACGUUAUAAAUUUUACCACUGCCAGGUACAUGACCCUUACUGGAACUUUCCCUUUUUAAAAUAUGGUCAAUUGAUCCAGAUUAAACUUCACAGAAAAAUAUCUGAGCAUCUUUGAGACAACUCUUCUGACUACAUCAAACUCCUAAGUUUUGUCGUUUUACAUGUUUAUGACAAACAUGUCAGGAUAAGGUUCACUUGCUUACUUGUUUUUUCUUUUAAGGGUAUUCUUGAUUAUAAUAUGUAGUUAUUAAACUGAACAAAUUAUUAAUGUAAAAGGAGGCUGAAUUUGAGGAAAAUGUUUAAUAUUGAUCACUGCAGCUUUAACAUGCUCAGAUAUUUUGAAUUUCAUCACUCUGGUAUCUGCUGAUCAAAGACUUAUUGUGUGUCUUGAUAUGUUAUCAAAUCUCUUGGUGUGUGUUGUGGCAGCCGGUCCUGUUGUGUGUUUAUGUUGGUGUGUUGUAGGAUUCUGCUGCGUAAUUAACAAGGACAGGCCUACUCAUUUUCCAUUGAAACAGAGAUGAGAUAGAAAAAAAGGGGAGUAAAAAAAAACCUCAGAAAUGUAGAGAUAAAUCUCAGAAAUUUUCUUUUA